AUGCCGCCCCUACCCAUCUCCACCGCCACCGUCCUCUCCCACCACCACCACCACCCAAAUCCCACAUCCUUCGACAGCCGCCGCUGCCCCGACCCCUUCUUGCAUUGCACCGUCGUGGUGAUGCUACCCCGACCUCCCUUCCUCGAUGUCCUCUACCGCCGCGACCUCCCCUCCCCUCAAUGCCUAAGUGACCGACCGGUGACUGGUGGUCGUCAGCCCAUAUGCCAUCCCCGGUCCCCUCCGCGUCCAUCCGCCACGCCGCCGCCAGCCCCGGAGCCGCUCGAGUCCCGACCCCAACGCGGUCACCGUCAAUCGGUUCUCCAGCCAUCCAGCGCCACCGCAGUGAGGCUCUCCAGCAGGCAGGAGCGCCCGAGCGCCAGCCGCUUCGCGCCGCCCCUUCUCCGAGCAGCUACGCAGCGCCGCCAGUCGCUAGUAGCUACGCACCCUAAGAGGACCCAUCUCCUCUCCUCGCCACCGGUCUGGGCCACGGGGGAGCCACGCUGCGUAGCCUCCUUCGCCUCUUGGGGCCGCCUGAAGAGCCGAAGAGGAAUCGUUAACAACGCCCUACGCCUGCACAUCUUGGCGAGGACCCGAGGCCAAAUCGCCGCCUACCUUCUCAGCGUCUCCACUCCAUUGGUGCACCGGUGUAGAUCUAGCUGUGGUCAAGCUUCCACUAUGGUUCUAGGUUCCAUCCAGAAAACCUUGUACGAGGUUUUAUCUGUGAGUGAAGAUGCUACAUAUGGCGAAAUCCGUGCAGCGUACAAGUCUGCUGCCCUUAACACACAUCCUGACAAAGGACAUACGACUCUUGAAUCAUCUGUGCCUUCCAGUGAGCUACAAGAAUUUUUGAGCGUGCAGAGAGCAUGGGAAAUCCUACGCCAUCCUGCAUCUAGAGCAGACUACGAUAAGCAGCUGCAAUCAUCCAGGCAGAACAUUGAGAUCAUUGCAUCUGAAAUUGAAAUCAGGGACAUGAUCGUGGAGAGCACUGCUGAUACUGUGGAGUUGCUGUACCCAUGCAGGUGUGGCGAUUAUUUUUCUAUCACUUCGUGUGAGCUUGGCGAUAUGGGGAUUUUGGUCAGUGGAGAUGGAGAAGUAGAACAGCAGGCGUCUGAUUCUUCAUCAGCUUCUGUUGUUCUGGGCUGUGGUUCUUGUUCUCUUAAAGUACGGUUGAUCAUAAAUGAAACUUUGUGAUACAUUUGAACUCUGUUUGUUUGUUGUUCAGCAAUGAUCUGUUAGAUCAAAUGACCACAUAAUCUAUUAAGAAUAUGCCUCUGGUUGUCCUGAAAAUAGUGGGCACUGAGGUUAUUUGUUCUUCUGGGAA